CAAAGUUGUGGGACCUGAGUCCACAGUUGUGCCGUGUUCAUCCGUGAAAUGUAAUAACAAUCUACCCGUUUCCAAAGAGACAGCCUGCCGUGUGCUUUAUAAGAUUACGAUAGUUGGGCUUUGCUUUGCGUUGCAGAAAGGCGUCUCUUAAAGCUUUUUUUCCUGGCACAUUGUGGAGACUGGAUGCGCUUGAGGACGGUUCUCACUUACCAGUCACUAGUUAGCUGUAGUUAGUUAAGAGGGAAGCCUCGUACCGCUUAAAAUGCCUUAAACUAAUUGGAUCAAUGCACUUUUUAAACUUUUCAAUACGCCUCACUUCAUUUGUCUAUCCACACUCUUCACGUUUUGGACUUGUUUUGAGGGACCACGUCUCCUGACUCCUUGGUGACAGCAGAGGUGCAGGACGAGGGCUGUUACACCUGUGUCAAGAGACAUGGCACUAUAUCACACCAUUCAGCUAUUAAAGCAUUGGAUUAAUUAGCUGCCAUGGCGUCGCAUGGUGACAUUGCAGAGUGGAGGAGCCAAUGACGAGUUCAACGACAUCAUCAAGUGGAGAUCUGAUGAACAUGACACAGUACAGAAGAAAACAUUCACCAAAUGGAUAAAUGCACAGUUCUCCAAGACGGGUAAGACGCCCAUCAAAGAUAUGUUCUCUGACCUGAGGGAUGGGAGGAAGCUGCUGGACCUGCUGGAGGGCCUCACUGGCACUGUCCUGACCAAAGAGCGAGGCUCCACCAGAGUGCACGCUCUGAACAAUGUCAACAAAGUACUGCAAGUCCUACAUCAAAAUAAUGUUGAUCUGGUAAACAUAGGUGGGACAGACAUUGUGGAUGGGAACCACAAACUGACCUUGGGCCUCAUCUGGAGUAUUAUCCUCCACUGGCAGGUGAAAGACAUCAUGAAGGAUGUCAUGUCCAACCUUCAACAGACCAACAGUGAGAAGAUUUUACUCAGCUGGGUACGGCAGUGCACCCGCUCAUACCCAGAAGUCAAUGUGCUGAACUUCACCACCAGCUGGGCCGACGGCCUGGCUCUAAAUGGCAUUCUACACCACUUCAGGCCAAACGCAUUCAACUGGGAUCAGGUGGUCAGACUGAGCCCUGCGGAGAGACUGGACCACGCCUUCACUGUAGCCAAAGACCAGCUGGCUAUUGAGAGGCUACUGGAUCCUGAAGAUGUGGCGGUGCAGUUACCGGAUAAGAAGUCCAUUAUCAUGUACGUGACAUCGCUGUUCGCUGUGCUGCCAAAGGACGUGAGCAUGGAGGCUAUCAGAGAAGUGGAGACCCUGCCACGCAAAUACAAAGUGGAGGCUGAGGACUCAGGUCCAGGCCCCAGUGCUCAGAAUGUACAGAUGGAGGAAGCAGGCAGCAGCCCUCAGUCUGAGACCCGUGGCACUCCGACAGAGAUGGAGGGGGAGAUGGAGGGUGGGAUGCUGGAAGUGGACUUGGACAGCUACCAGACCACAUUAGAAGAGGUACUGACCUGGCUGCUGUCUGCUGAGGAUGCUCUGCAGAUCCAGGACGAGGUGUCGGAUGACGUGGAAGAAGUCAAAGAUCAGUUCCACACACACGAGGCCUUUAUGAUGGAGCUGACGGCUCACCAGAGCAGCGUGGGUAAUGUGCUUCAAGCAGGUAAUCAACUGAUUGCACAAGGCAACCUGACAGAAGAAGAAGAAGAAGAAAUCAGGGAGCAGAUGAGCCUGCUCAACUCCCGCUGGGAGAGCCUCCGAGUGGCAAGCAUGGACCGCCAAGCCAGGCUCCAUGAAGUCCUAAUGGAUCUUCAGCAGCAGCAGUUACAGCAGCUUUCAGAUUGGCUGACACAAACUGAAGAGCGAAUAAGAAAAAUAGAGAUAGGACCGGCUGCAGAAGACAUGGAGGUCUACAAGGAACGCAUAGAACAACACAAAGAACUCCAGAACGACCUGGAGGCGGAGCAGGUGAAAGUCAACUCUUUAACACAUAUGGUGGUCGUGGUGGAUGAGAACAGUGGUGAGAGCGCCACUGCUGCACUGGAGGAGCAACUACAAUCUUUGGGUGAGCGCUGGGCGGCAGUGUGUCGCUGGACAGAAGAGAGAUGGCACAAGCUGCAGGAAGUCUUCAUGGUGUGGCAACAGCUUCUAUCCGACCAGAGUUUGUUCAGAGAAUGGUUGGCAGAAAAAGAGGAGGCCUUGAGUGAAGUACAGACCAGCAAUUUUAAGGACGCAAGUGAAAUGAAUGCUAAUGUGCGCCGAUUAGCAACUCUAAAGGAAGACAUGGAAAAGAAGAGGAGGACUCUAGACCAGCUGUCUGAUGCGGGACAGGAUGUGAUAUCGUUACUACAGAGUCCUGAAGCUGGAGCUAAGAUUGAGGCAGACACAGAGGAACUUGCCCAUAGAUGGGACGGGCUGGUUCAAAAGCUGGAGGACUACUCCUUUCAGGUGAUGGAAGCUGUGACUGACGCUGGGAUGACUCAGGUGGAAGAACAUGUUGUCGUGGAUACAGUUGCUGUGGCUGCAGCUGCUUCGAUUGCGGACCAGGAGUUGGCCCCACCUGCCCCUCCUAAAAAACGAUUGGUGGAGACAGAUGCAGAAGUCAGACGAGUAUUUGAAAAUAAGCUUGCUGAUCUACUGAGCUGGAUUAAAACAUGGAAGUCCUCAGCUCAGGCGCUGGCCUCCACACACCCUGAGACUUCACCUGAGAUCCCAGAUCUACAAGACAAGUUAAAGGGUUUGGAGUCUGAACUCACAGCAAAGGAAGCCACAGUUAGUCAAGUGGUCCAGGAGGGACGGGGCUUGUUGGACCAGCUGGAGAGAGAGGGAGUGUGUGUGGACUCAGUGAGGGCAGACGUAGAUCUGAUCCAAACUGAGUGGGACGUGUGUGCGAGGGAGCUGCAGGCGGCUCGUGAGCGGGUUCGCACCCAGAGCCGGUUCACAGCAUUGUCUGCAGAGCUGGCAGAUCUGGACCGGUCCUUGGAGGAACACGAUCGGUGGCUCGUUUCACUAUCAGCAGUGGAAAAAUGUGACGAGGCCGAGCUCAGAAGCCUGGGUGGAGAAUGUCAGUCUCGAGUGGUCCAGGUCACUGCUCUGAACCCUCGACUGGAGCAGCUCUCCUCAGAGGCGGGGUCACUGGGAGCCAUGCCUUCUUUGAAAGACAACAUAGUGGUGGUAUCAGAACAUCACGCCUCUACACUGCAGCGGCUACAGAACAAACAGCAAGAGGUCAACGAAGCCUUGGCCAGUCUCGAGGCCAGUCAGAUGAUCCAGAGCCCGGUGGAGGGUCUCGAGGCCAGGCUCGCUACUCUGAGGGAAGGAGUGGUCGAUGUCCCUAGUACUGAGGGGGCAGUGGAGCGGGCACAGAGUUUGUGUCUAGAGAUUGAGAGAACACAGCAAGCCUCCGAUCCUGCAGAAUUACAAAGAUGGAGUCAAUUGUCCUCAAGGGCCCGCGAGGAGCUGGGCACACUGCAGUGCAUCCUGGGUAGCAUGAAAGACAAUCAGGUGCGUUUGGUGGAAGUGGAACGUUGGUUGGAUGCAGUUCAGGAGCUGUUGUCUCGGGAUGCCACAGGGGUGGGUGACACAGAGGGUCUACAGGAAGAACUUAACCAGUGCAAGGAGCAUGUGAAUGAGAUGGAGUCAGUGGAAGGUUCGUUGAAGCAGAUCGGAGAGAAUGUCAGCUCUGUGCAGGCGGCUGCAGUCCCAGGGCUCGCCAAGUGGGGGCAGGAUAAGUUGGACGGAUGCCGGAGCAGAUGGGAUGCGCUCAGCAAACAGCUGCUGAGCCAUCAGGAUCGUGUGGCAGAGAGUCAGGAGAAGCAGGUGAAUCUGAGGAAAGACUUGGCUGAGAUGCAGGAGUGGAUGACCCAGGCCGAUGAGGAGUUUUUGAUGAGGGACUUUGAAUACAAGAGUCCUGAGGAGCUGGAGGCAUCACUGGAGGAGAUGAAGAGGGCUAAAGAGGAUGUGCUACAGAAGGAGGUGAAGGUGAAGAUCCUGAAAGACAGCAUUAACUUGCUGGUGUCCAGAACAUUGCCCCCUGGUGGAAGCAGUGCGAAGGAGUUGACCUCAGAGCUAGAGGGAGUACUAGCCAACUAUCACAAGCUCUGUGACCGCUUCAAGAGCAAGUGCCACACCCUGGAGGAGGUUUGGUCCUGUUGGAUGGAGCUUCUUCAAUACUUGGACAUAGAGCAGAUUUGGCUCAACACCCUGGAGGAAAAGGUUCAAGCUACUGACAACUUACCUGAGAGCACUGAGGCUGUCAAUGAAGCUCUGGAGUCUCUGGAGAGCGUGCUUCGCCACCCUGGGGACAACCGGACACAAAUCAGAGAGCUGGGUCAGACACUGAUAGACGGGGGCAUACUGGAUGAACUCAUUAGCGAAAAACUAGAGGCCUUUAAUUCCCACUACGAGCAGCUCAACCACCAGGCAGUGAACAGGCAGAUUAGCCUUGAGCAGCAGCUGCAGACACUGAAGGAGAACGAACAGGCGCUCCAAACACUGCAGGAGUCUCUGAGCCAGCUGGACCACACACUUACCUCUUACCUUACUGACCGUAUCGACGCUUUCCAGCUUCCACAGGAGGCACAGACCAUUGGGGCAGAGAUAGCAGCCCACGAGGUGACCGUGGAAGAGAUGAGGAGGAGGAAUGUGGCCAACUUGCCUCCUCCCACCACUGAUGGCAAAGCUGCCAGAAGUGGAACCAUGCUGGACCAUCUACAGAGGAAACUGAGGGAGAUCUCCACAAAAUACCAGCUAUUCCAGAAACCUGCUAACUUUGAGCAGCGCAUGUUGGAUUGUAAGAGGGUCCUGGAUGGUGCCAAGGCUGAGCUACACAUUCUGGAUGUCAAAGACGUGGAGCCGGAAAAGAUCCAGUCACACCUCAACGGCUGCAUGAAACUCUACAAGUUGCUGAGUGAGGUGAAGCUUGAGGUGGAGACGGUGAUAAAAACAGGUCGACAGAUUGUGCAGAAACAGCAGACGGAGAACCCCAAGGCCAUGGACGAACAGCUCACUGCUCUGAAACUGCUAUACAAUGACCUGGGGGCACAGGUAACAGAGGGCAAGCAGGACUUGGAGAAAGCUUUGUCUCUGUCUCAAAAGUUCCAGAAGGAAAGCGCCACCCUACACGAGUGGCUGACCAACAGUGAGGCUCAGCUCCAGCAGAAGAACAGCUGUGGAGACAUGCCAGCUGACAUUGAUGCUGAGAUUGCAUGGGCAAAUGGCCUGCUAAAGGAGUCGGAACGUCGUAAGGUGGAGCUUUCCAGCUUGAUGGAGACCAACGCUGGUCUGCAGACUCUGGUGGAUGGCAGCGAAGUGCAGCUGGAGGACCGACUAUGUGGCCUCAAUGAAGCCUGGGUCCGAGUUCGCACCUUGACCGAGGACUGGCUUAGCGCUGUGCUGAGUCACCAGAAUGAAGUGGAAAUUUUUGAUGAGAACCUGGCUCACAUAAGUACUUGGCUCUACCAGACCCAGAUCCACCUAGAUGAGGCUGAGCGACUCGCCCCGAUGGAGAGGGAAACGGUGGUCAAGCGCAUGCUAGAAGAGCUGGAAGAUAUCAGUAUGCGUGUGGACAACGUGAAGGACCAAGCAAUCAUCCUGAUGACCAGCAGGGGGCCCGCUUGUCGAGAUGUGGUAGAACCCAAACUGGCAGAGCUCAACUGCAACUUUGACAAAGUGUCUCAGCACAUCAAAACUGCCAAGAUGAUGACCAGUUUGGACUCAUGUGGCGUUGAGAUAAACCAGCAGGCACCUCAGCAGGUCAUCAUUCACAGCCAGGAGACCCAAGCAGAGAGUCAGCCUCAGGCUCGUCCUGCUGACGCUCCGGUCCCCAGUGAGGUGCAGGACCUGCAGGUAGAGCUCCAGGAUACUCUCAAGACUCUGCAGCAGCAGCAACAGGAUGCAGCAAACAUCCUGGAUGAUGACAAGAUGGAUGAGGAGAAAGCCAGUGUAGAAGUCCUGCUGAGAAGAGGAGAAGACCUGCUGCAACAAACUGCAGACGAGGGCCAGAGGGAGGAGUUGAGACUCCUGUUGCUCCGGCUGCAGAGCCAAUACUCUGCUCACAGGGAGUUGAGGGUGCUGCGGAUCAGGCAGGUAGAAGUCUCGGAGUCGACUUCCCUCACAUUCACAGAGCAGCUAAGAGAGUUUUCAACUGAGGAGAUGUCUUCAGUGGAGUAUAGCAGUGCUCCCUCACUGAGCCCCUCUGACUACCUGCUGGACAUCAACAAGGUGCUUCUCGCCAUGGCGGACAACGAGUUGCUCCUGAACUCCUCUGAGCUCAGCGGGGGGCUGUAUGAAGACUUUUCCAGCCAGGAGGACACACUCAGGAAUAUCAAAGACAACCUGGAGUGUCUUGGUGAGCAGGUUGCAGGGAUUCAUGAGCGCCAUCCUGAUGCCAUCCGGGAUGCUUCGCCCCCUGAGGUUGCCCAGGUUGGAGACGCCCUCACACAGCUCAAUGCUGAGUGGGACCGCCUCAACCGCAUGUACAACCACCGCAAGGGGAGUUUUGACCGUGCCAUAGAGGAGUGGAGGCAGUUCCACUGUGACAUGAAUGACCUGAGUCAGUGGCUGGGUGACACAGAGACACUGCUGUCUGAGAGCGUUGGCCCUGAAGGACAGCUGGACCUGGAGUCUGCACGACAACACCAAGAGGAGCUGGAAGAAGGCCUUGCCAGCCACAAGCCUGUCCUAGCUGUACUGAUCCACACUGGGGAGCAGAUAAUUGGGCAGUUGUCAUCCCCUGACGGACCCCUGCUUGAAGAAAAGUUAGAUGCACUGGGUCAGCGUUGGAGAGCUGUCAAUCGCCAGGUCCUUGACAGACAGCGCAGGCUGGCUGGAGGGGAUCCGGCCCUGUCAGACCUGGUGAGAAGACGUGACGAGCUGGCUUUGUGGCUGGAGCAGGCAGAAAACGCUGUCAGCUCCCUCCCUGUCACUGCCACUGACAAAAACCUGAAAGAACUCAAGGCCCUUGCUGAUGAAAUGGAUGCACAGAACGAGCGCCUCGGUUGGCUGAACAAAUACGCCCCUCAGAUCCUGGCCAGUCCGAGUGUGAGCCCUCAGAGCAGAGACCAGCAUGUUGGCAAACUGAGAGUCAUCAACCUCAGCUGGAGCAAGGUAACCCACGAGUUGUUAGACAAAGCGGGUGAGGUGGAGGCCAACCUGCAGAGUCACGCACAGUUCCAGGACAGAAUGAACAGGCUUACCGACUGGGUUGUUGUCACACACCAGACAAUCACAACCAGGGGCUUGACUCCUGGCCAGGCACAGGCUCUUGAGGCAUCCAUGAAAGACAGGAAGAAGGACUUGGAGGACCUGUUGGCUCAUUCUAUUGAGCUACAGAGACGACAACAGCUGCUACCUCAAGAAAAGAGUAAGGUAGAGCAGCUGGCAGCUGACUGGAAAGCCCUGGAUGGCCGACUGAGGGAAUCACUCCCACCACCUGUCUCUCCAUGGACACAGCACCAACAACACGUCCAGCACCUGCAACUUGUGUCUGCAGUCCCCUCAGCUGUGCAGAUGGCCAGCCUGGUGAGCGAAGACCCCCAUCACCAAACCCCACACACAGCAGACACCGUGGCACCCACCGAUCUCAAUGAGACAGCCACCGAGCUGGCAGACUGGCUCCUACUUAUCACCCAGAUGCUCAAGUCUAAUAUUGUCACUGUGGGGGACAUAGAGGAGAUCAGGACCACCAUGGGACGUCUUCAGGUGACUAAAAGUGACCUGGAGCAGCGACACCCCCAGCUAGAGGACAUUUUCACUCUGGCACAGAACAUCAAAAACAAGACCUCGAACCUGGACGUUCGCACAUCCAUCACUGAGAAACUGGAGAAGGUACGUAGCCAGUGGGACAGCACUCAGCAUGGUGUUGAGGCACGGCUCCAGCAGCUGGAUAACAUGAUUGGCCACAGCAACCAGUGGGAGGAGCUGAGGAAGGAGGUGAAGGCCCUUAUUGGGCACAACGAAGGACACUACCACAAUCUCCUCCAGCAGUCCCAAGAUCCCCUGACUAAACAGCUUGCUGACAACAAGGUGUUUCUCCAGGACCUGGGCCGAGGCCAAGCGACAGUUGCGGCCUUCAAUGAGCUGUCCAAUCAUCUGCUGCGGGAGUAUUCUACUGACGACACUAGGAGGAUCAAAGAGGUCACCGACAAACACAACGCCGCCUGGAACAGCAUCAACAAUAGGACAAGUGAUCGUCAUGCCCAGCUGGACAGUGAACUGAAGGGCCUGCAGAUGUCUCUCAGGGAACUGGAGUCCUUCCUCAAGUGGCUCCAAGAGGCCGAGACCACAGUUAACGUUCUGGCCGACGCCUCCCAGAGGGAAGACCUGUCACAGGACUCUGUACAUGUGAAGGAGCUGAGACAACAACUGGAGGAGCACUCAGGAGAUGAGCUCAUCUACUACCAGGACAUCCAGGCUGAGAUCGAUGCCCAUAAUGACAUCUACAAGAGCGUGGACGGGAACAAGUCGAAGAUGGUCAAGGCUCUGGGCAGCUCAGAGGAAGCUGUGUUCCUCCAACACAGACUGGAUGACAUGAACCAACGCUGGAGCGAUCUAAAGGCCAAAUCAGCCAACAUCCGAGCUCAUUUGGAGGCGAGUGCUGAGCGCUGGUCUCGUCUGCUGGGCCUCCUGGAGGAGCUGUGGAGGUGGAUCUGCAUGAAGGAUGAGGACCUGGCCAAGCAGAUGCCCAUUGGAGGAGAUGUGCCCACCUUGUUGCAGCAGCAGAACCACUGCACGGUGCUACGGUCAGAAUUGAAGGAACGUGAGCACUUGGUGGUCACGACUUUGGACCAAGCCCGGAUGUUUCUCGCCGAGCAGCCCAUCGAAGGUCCCGGAGAGCCACGGAAGAACCUGCAGCCAAAGACUGACCUCACCCCAGAGGAGAAGGCUCGAGGGUUGGCCCGGGCCAUCCGAAAACAGACGGGCGAGGUGAGGGAGCGGUGGGAGCGUCUGAAAGGGCACGUGGGUGGCUGGCACAAUCAGGUGGAGCGAGCCUUGGAACGACUCCAGGAACUGCAGAGCUCCAUGGACCAGCUCGAUCUGCGGCUGACUCAGGCGGAAGAGGCCAAAGCUACCUGGGAGCCUGUGGGCGACCUGCUAAUCGACUCUCUGCAGGACCACAUCGAAAAGACCAUGACAUUCAGAGAGGAGAUCGCCCCGCUGCGUCAGGAUGUUCGGAUCGUGAAUGAGCUCUCUGCAGAGCUGACACCACUGGACAUUCAGCUGUCCUCCACUGCCUCCAGACAACUGGACCAGCUCAACAUGAGAUGGAAACUACUACAGGUGGCAGUAGAGGACAGACUGAAGCUCCUUCAGGAAGCCCACCGAGACUUUGGCCCCUCCUCCCAACAUUUCCUCUCCACUUCUGUGCAGCUCCCGUGGCAACGUGCAGUUUCUCAGAAUAAGGUUCCAUAUUAUAUCAAUCACCAGACGCAGACAACCUGCUGGGACCAUCCAAAGAUGACAGAGCUCUACCAGUCACUAGCGGACUUGAACAAUGUGAGAUUCUCAGCAUACCGAACAGCCAUGAAGAUCCGCAGACUACAAAAAGCACUGUGCUUGGACCUGUUGGACCUUAACGUGGCCCAGAACACCUUUGAGCAGCACAAGCUCACAAACAACAAUCAGCUGCUGUCCGUUCCGGACGUCAUCAACUGCCUGACGUCCAUCUAUGACGGCCUGGAGCAGGAGCACAAAGACCUGGUCAAUGUGCCACUCUGUGUCGACAUGAGUCUCAACUGGCUGCUGAAUGUCUAUGACACUGGUCGCAGUGGGAAGAUCCGCGUCCUGUCCAUGAAGAUCGGAUUGCUCUCUCUUUCGAAGGGACACCUGGAGGAGAAAUACAAAUACCUCUUCAGCCAGGUAGCGUCAGCAGGUGACACGUGUGACCAGAGGCAGCUCGGUCUGCUGCUUCACGAAGCCAUCCAAAUCCCGAGGCAGCUGGGGGAAGUGGCCGCUUUCGGAGGGUCCAACAUUGAACCCAGCGUCCGCAGCUGCUUCCAGCACGUGACCAAUAAGGUGGAGCUGGAGCCCAGGCAGUUUGUUGAUUGGAUGCGCCUUGAACCCCAGUCCAUGGUUUGGCUUCCUGUGCUGCACAGAGUGGCAGCAGCAGAGACAGCGAAGCAUCAAGCCAAGUGUAACAUCUGCAAGGAGUGUCCUAUUGUUGGCUUCAGGUAUCGCAGCCUGAAGCAUUUCAACUACGACGUGUGUCAGAGCUGCUUCUUUUCUGGGCGCACUGCCAAGGGCCACAAGCUCAACUACCCAAUGGUGGAGUACUGCACACCGACGACAUCAGGUGAGGACAUGCGUGAUUUCACCAAAGUGCUGAAGAACAAAUUCCGCUCUAAGAAGUACUUUGCCAAGCAUCCUCGGCUAGGUUACCUACCUGUGCAGACGGUUCUGGAGGGAGACAACAUGGAAACUCCCAUCACCCUCAUCAGCAUGUGUCCGGAGCAGUACGAGCUGUCCCAGUCACCUCAGCUCUCUCAUGAUGACACCCAUUCCAGGAUAGAGCAGUAUGCCAGCAGGUUGGCUCAGAUGGAGAGGUCCAAUGGCUCUCUGCCCACAGACAGCAGCUCGGCCACAGGAAGCAUGGAUGACGAGCAUGCCCUGAUCCUGCAGUACUGUCAGACGUUGGGAGGGGAGGGCUCCCCCUGCAGUCAGCCCCAGAGUCCUGCCCAGAUCCUACAAGCCGUGGAGAGGGAGGAGCGAGGCGAGCUGGAGCGGAUCAUAGCUCGCCUGGAGGAGGAGCAGAGGACCCUGCAGAGGGAGUAUGAGCAGCUGAAAGAGCAGCAUGGCCAGCGAGGACCCCCUUCGGGAGGCCUAUGGGAGUCUGAAGGCACCACUGCCCAUCCCGAUGAGGCUGAUCUUCUAGCUGAGGCAAAACUGCUACGACAACACAAGGGCCGGUUGGAGGCCCGGAUGCACAUCCUGGAGGAACACAACAAGCAGCUGGAGUCUCAGCUCCACCGCCUCCGACAGCUAUUGCACCAGCCGGAGGUGGACUUAAGGGUAAACGGAGUGUCCUCUCCCACGGUGCAAGAUCACGGGCCACUCACUGAAAACUCAGAUGAGUUGCUGGACUCCCACAACAGCAGCUCUGACCUGGCAGAUGUAAUGGAGCAGAUUAACAACUCCUUCCCUGCAUGCAGUCCCUCAAGCAUCUCCUCCAGACCACAGGUGAUGUGAGGACUGUCACCACGAAGGAUGGUGUGUGUUUGUUCGUGCACACGUGUGAGUGUGCACACAUUUGAAGUGACAAGACCAUUCCCAAACAAACUCCUGACCCUAAAUCCCAAAGACGCACAGGACCAGACAACUUAACUACUUUUACCACCUUGUCUUGUACUAUGCAAACUGUACAUUUUAUGAACUGUAGAUUGUACCUGAACUUGGUUCAACAUUUGUCACUGAUUUGUUUAGAUAUGCAGAUGAGUAUAUGGACACGGGGCUUUGUAUAGUAAAAUAUGUUUUUUUGUUGUUGAGAGGGUGCAUUGGGAUUUGUGUUUUGAUCUUGUUAAGUUCUGCCUUCACUGGGAAUCAAACUGUUACAUUUAUUUUGUCAUUCCACUGCUUUGUACCCUCCAGGCCCCAGUUUCUGUCAUGUGUCAAUGGAAAUAGCCACAGAUUUUGUUCCAAGUGUGGGAGCACGCACAGUUCCUGAGUAAUGACAUUUAGUGGCUGAAAGCAUCAUUUUAAAGAUGUAAACUGUCUCUUCUCAAAGCGUCUGUUUUGUUUUAAAGAUCUAUCUUGUAGCAUGCUUGAUGUCAAGUUCCCCUUUAAAGCAUUGAUACGCCGACAGACUUUGUGUUAACUGCGAUUUGUUAAUGUUAACUUUAACCCCUUCUGUGCCUAUACAGUUUGUCAUUCCACGUGUGGAAGACAGAGACGAGAGUUGAUGAAUAAAAAGUGGGAUUGUGUAUAAAAAGAGACGUUUUGGAAAAAUAUAGAUUUAAAUCUAAAUUUGUUCUGAAUAUGGGUUUGUAAGAGGCCUGCAGUCAUUAUGUAGAAUAGUUUUUUAAAGAUAUAUGUUGAGAAAUCAGAGGAAAGCCAUGAUUGCCUUGCUACCUCAGACUCAUAGACACAGUUUUGUUUUUGUGGUUCGUAAACUUGUUUAAAACAAUUGUGAUCAUUUAAAGAACAUGUACAACCUGGUUUAGCAUUCAGAGCUUUUGCUUACUGUAUUGGUGUACACUGCAAUGAGGAGAUACCAAGUAAAAAAAAAAAAGAGUUACUCUUACUGUACCACAAUGGGUCUGUGGCCUGCUGAAGCUAGCCGCCCGUAAUGAUGAGUAUUACUUUAUCUGUUGUUGGUUUUUCCACUGGCCUUCUAGCACUGGUCACUCACUGCGUUGUGUUGUUGUGCUAUAUGCUAUCCUGUAAAACUUGUGAGACUGAACAACACUACUAUAACCUCCUCUGACUGUAGACUGAUGAUGAUGAUGAUGAUGGUGAUGAUUUUAUUGAUUACAAUCAUGAUGAACCGUACCAUGGCAGAACUGUGUCGUUUCUCCUGAGGUAUGUAAAAUAGAAUGACCACACUACGUGUAAUAUGGCUACGUUGUUUUAUUCUAAAUAAAAAAUUUUAUAACAAGUA